AUGCCUGGUUUUUUCAGUCUCACAUUUUUGGUAUUGUUUGGUUUGGUGUAUUGUGAGAAUUUCGAUGAAGAACUUCUCAUCAAAGAUCUUGGCCGUGGAUUUACGGCUUUCCACUUUAAUUUCGCCUCAACAGCCUCAGAGACAAUAUUUUUCUCAAAACACUACAAUAUUUUGCCAAAAUCAGUCAUUCAAAUCCUAAGGAAAUACAGUGUUAACGAAUUUCAUCUUUCUAUAUCAAGGGGUAUAUGGGAUGAACGUUGGGGUAGCAAUUUUGUGUCAGUUUCUCCUGCUGGAGCUGAAUUAUGGGCAUGGUUCGGAAAUCAAACUUCUAGUGUCGACCAAUCGUGGUUUGAAUUAACACAUGCUCUCUCUGGACUAUUCUGUGCUUCUUUGAACCAACUGUCCACUAACGAGCAUUUUGCCUCUCCUGUCUACUCUUAUAAACCAUUGGGAGUAUCGGAAUCCGGUAAAGUUGACGGAGAAGUCAGAUAUUCUCAGCUUCCUGGUGAAACUUUGUGCAGUGAAAACUUGACUCCCUGGACUAAAUAUUUACCAUGCAAAUCAUUUUCUGGUUUAGGAAGCUUAUUGCGACCGACUUCAUUGUUUAAAUCAAAUUAUAACUCAAUGACAGUGGGAGUUAGAAGGAUUUGUCUGGAUCUCAAAUGUGAUACUGUGGGAUUGGAACUAGUGGCAACACUAACUGCAGUUUUCGAUAGAAGUUUGAUAUUUGCAAAAAGAGCAACGCCUUGGUCUAUUAAAAGUAUACUUGGCUCAGAGUUCAGAGGUUCCUGUAGUGCGUCCGACUCCAGCCGUGUAUUUAUUCUCAAGUCCUAUGAAGAUGUGGAUGUUAAUCUUGAUAGUGCAAUGAAGCUUCAUUAUCCCAGCAAUUAUGUAUUAGCGGCAUACUCAACGAAAGAUUUAUCUCCAUCAUUUAUAUCAUCACCUUUCACUGUCAAUGAACAAAAAUCUACUUCAUACCCUUUACCUCUUAUCUCUGCUACUAAAUACGUUACUGGUUCUGGAAAUGUUAGAGGUGGGGUAAAAGCUGUAAUUACUAAUAGAGCUGAUUUUGAUACAAAAAUAAUUUACUUCGAUUUAAUACCAUGGUACAUGCAAGUUUUCUUCAGUUCAUUGAAAAUCUACAGCUUAAAUCCUAAAACACAAGAGAGGGAGCUGAUUAAACCUCAUAAUUUGGUGAUAAAACCAGGCUUGGCCAGAAAGCGUAUGGCUAGUAUCGAAUUAAUCAUCACCUUACCUCGUCAUAGUCAAGUAACCAUUUCUUAUGAGUUCCGUAAAAUUCUUCAACGCUGGAAUGAAUUCCCACCUGAUGCUAAUCAUGGAUUUUUCCUUCCUGCAGCAACUGUUUCCUACAUGUUAAAUAAUGAACAGUUACACCACUUAAACGAGACGAGGCAUGUUGCAUUCCAUAAUCUAAAACUUCCGAAUUGGGCCAGUACUUACAGUCAGUUUUUUAAUGUAGUAUCAGUUGGCUCUAGGCCCGGUGAUGGCUUUGUUCGUCUACACACACCCGUAUCUUUGGUUACAAUGCCGACACCAGAUUUCAGUAUGCCAUUCAAUGUUUUGUGUCUGGUGUGUUCAAUUAUCGCUGUUGUAUUUGGGUCAGUGCACAAAGCCACAACAACUGUAUUGAACGUUACACUUAAGAAACCUAAAAAUGAAUCAUUAUGGGUUGAUACUGACAAGCAGAUUUUCCAGUUUGAAGAUAUUAGUGUUCACUUACAUACACAAGUGAGUGUCUCUUCGAAAUACGGUCACUAUACAUGGAAGUGUGCAGAAGCCUUAUCUACUUACUUGGUAAAACAUCCCGAAGAAGUUCGUGGACUUCGUGUUCUUGAAUUAGGUGCUGGCACUGGUCUGUGUGGGAUUGUUGCCGCUCUUCUUGGAGCUCGCCAUGUUCAAUUCACAGAUAACGAUAUGACAUGCGCAAAUAAGUUACAUUUUAAUGCACAGCUCAAUGGAAUCAGCAAUUAUAAUUUCACCAUACUGGAUUGGAAUUAUCCACUUAGCUACACAGGGGACGAAUUUGAUGUCAUUCUUGCAUCUGAUUGUUUAUACGACAAGAAAGUGUAUGAACCUUUCAUAAGGACAGCGGCUUUACAGCUAAGGAUAGGAAACUGUAAAUCUUUACUUCUCUCUUGCGAAAAUCGCAGACAUCGCCGUUUUGCUUAA